UUGCCCAUCUGAAAAUAAAACAUAAACCUUUAACAAAUUAACAAAGCAGCCACUUCACAGCACACUCAGAGAGAAGCAAAGCAACCUAAGAUGGCGACUAGUCUCGCAACUAGAGCUUCACCUAAUCAAUCUCUGAGUCUCUUGAGACUCUCCUUCAACUUCCUCCAUAGCUUCAGUACUUCAGCUUCUCCGGCUUCGGCUUCGACUUCUGCUCCGGCUUCCAAUAAACCAAAGCGAAGGAAGAAGAAGAACCUGUUCGAGGUGGCUCAGUUUUUGCCCAACUGGGGAAUUGGGUAUCACAUAGCGAAAACUCAUUGGGAGAAUGUUUCUUACGAGAUCACUAAGAUCAAUCUUUACAAGGAUGGUAAGCAUGGAAAAGCUUGGGGAAUUGCUCAUAAAGAUGGCUUGCCAAUUGCAGAUGGUCCCAAGAAAAUAAGUGGAGUUCACAAACGUUGUUGGAGAUACAUCCCAAGCUCGAUAAAAUCAGCUGAAAACACACCAAGGUUAACAACACCAACAGAAAAUGCUGCAACAGCUGAGGUUCUAGCAGCUUAAUCAAUUUCCUUAAAUUUUGGUAUUGCUUGGCUGACCAUCAUACUCUGUUGUCCUUGCUCUUGUCCUAUGUUUUGCUGUUGCACUCCAUCCUUUAAACAUGGUAGUGAACUUCAAUCAAACCAUUUUUGGACUCAAAUGAUGCUUCCAUGUAACAUGCCUGUGGCAUGAGACUAGACAUACUACUAGAAAGGCGAAUGAAGGUUUGUAGUCAAGAGUAAUAUUAAGCAACAGAAAUAAUUUUAUUGAA